AUGAAGUCGAUCAGUGCCGUCCUCAUUGCCCUUCUGGCUGCCUCUGUCUCUGCGGGCCCCGUCGUUACCACCGUGACCAUUGCCCUGGCCAACGACCAAACUGGUGCCCAGGGAAGUGCCGCCAUCCCCGCCGACGGCAGCGAACAGAGCAUCUCCGCACUGUACGGAGGUACCGGAGUCGGUUCCGGUGGAGUCAUCAAGGCCUCGUCGGCGCAAUUGACCAACUUCCAGGCGAACACCAACUGCGUGAUCACGAAAUACGGAUCGGUUCUGGCCACCCUGAACUCCCGGAACACCUAUGUGGACUUGGAUGGAAACCCGAGUGCUGCGCAGCCGGUGGAUCUGAGUGCUGCCAGCGUCAAAUGCCAUCACAAUGCAGUAGAAGUCACCCUAAUUGCCUUGCCAAGGAGACAGUCAAUAGCAGAGUAUAUUGAAGUUGUUCUUCAAGAAAUGACAGCAGGCCCACAAGAAACCUUAUCUGGCGGCCCAAGUCAUCCGAGGGCCAUGACUUUCCUGUCCGUCUCCGGAUCCGAGUCCCCGGACAUCUCCUCCGUUGCUCAACCGAGGGUGACUCUGUUCAAAUUUCAUCAAGGUACUAGUAUGCCGCCGACAGUCAGCACAAAACAAGCAUCAGUUCACUCCGUGAUGCACAAGCAACUACUAGUUCGGCUUACAUCUCCUGACCAAAAUAUUCCACCUUGCGACCAACUGAUCAACAAGUGGAUGAACUGCUCUCAGCUGUCCCCCACUUUUGUUGCUGCAAACCAACACGACGAUCUCCCGUGGGCCUCGAGAAUCCUUGCUUUGUUUGUAGCUCUGCAGCUCCGCAGCGGCGGCUCCAGACCCUUGCAGGUGCCGCUCUCAACCAAGGAUCCGACGAUGAACAUAUCAGAACUUUAUCUGAGGUUGAGGCAUAGACCUCACAUCAAACCCAUACCUUAUAUACUUCCUAUCACAUCUCUCCAUGGAACCCUACCCCUUAUCCUUGAACCACGCAAUGACCAAACAACCGCCAUGAACACCACCACCACCACCACAGCUAUAGCAUCCUACUACACCCUCCCCCGCGCAGACAGCUACACCGCGAUAUCCCUCAUCUCCAUCUCCACCUUCACCUGUCUCCUCCUCUACUACCUCAUCUUCGACCUCUCCUUCUUCACAACAACAUCCACAUCCACAUCCACGAAACCCCGCCCUCUAACAGUCCCAACCACCACCCUCCUAACAACCACCACCACCACCCUCCUCUCCAGCACCUUCUGCAUCCUCCUCCUCUUCCACCACACCCACACACCCACCCGCAUCGCCUCAGCCAUCCUCUUCGUCCUCACCACCACAGCAGCCAGCAUCACCAACACCCUCCUCCUCUACUUCUCCCUCCCACUAAUAACAAUCCACCAACGCCCUCAAGCCCACUUCCAGCUCCGGAUUCAACGAAUCCUCCUCUCCACCAUAAUAGCAACCAUCCUACUCUUCCAACUCCCCCACGUGAUCGUCGCUCCCGCCGCAGCCACCCUCUACAAAGACGGCCACUGGACGCACGCAGUCACAAUCCUCUCACGGAUCUCCGUCACGGCGUACUGCACGCGAGAAAUACUCCUCCUGGCUGUCUAUACCUGGGGUGUGAUCAAAUACCUCCGACCUGUUAUACACCACUUCCACUAUGAAUCAACCCACCAAGACAGACAACGAAUCUGCUCCACCCUCCUCGUAGCAGGCUGCAUCUCCCUCAUCCUCAACAUAGCCAACAUCGUGGCCGUGUAUACUGUUCACAACGCCGCGGCGAUGGCUUUCUUCCCAUUCGUGGUUAGUACCAAGGUCCUCGUUGAGGGUGUGGCGGUGGGGAGGCUCGUUGGGUUUGUUGGUGCGUCGCGACAGCCGAGGUGUGUGUAUUCGAUUCAUGGGGGUGGUGGUGGUGGUGACUCGAGGAGGGGGAGUGCGCAGCCGCUUAUUACUUCUACUUAUUCUUCUGCGUCGACUAUGUCUGGGGGUCUUGGGGCUGUGGAGACGAAGGAUUGUGGUAGUGACCGGGAUGAAAGUCCGGUGGGUGUCCAGGGGAGGGAUAAAGAGUGGUAUACUAGGAACAGGAUUGGGUCUGUUGAUACGAUUGUGUCUGUGGCGGAGCCGCCGCUGGCUCAUUCGGUGGGGCAUUUGGUGCAGGAGAUGCCGGAUUUAGAGGGUGGUAGUGGUGUUUGGUGUUAG